AUGCUCGCCAGUCCCUUCGCCUCUGGUUUCUCGCCUGUCGCGGCAGAAGUUCACGAGGACACGACUAAGAGCCCACAUGGAACGCCGCCGUCCGACCCAAACGAUGCAGAAAGCACGUAUGCCGCAGACGCUCGCGUGCGAAAGUCGGGAGGACCUAAGAAGCGAUUGUCGUCUGCACCAAAGAAUCAGACAAGAAGCUCAAAGACCUUGGCAUGUCUCAACUGUCGACCCCGGAAGAUCAAGUGUGAACGCAUUGGGGGUACUUGCGAGAGAUGUCGAACGUUAGAUAUUCCGUGUAGAUUGCCUGAUCGCGACGAACGGCGGGUGCGCUAUUCAAAGGACUACAUCAUCCAGCUCCAAGACCAGAUCGCCGAGCUGCGAAGCACCGUGGCAACGAUGCAAGCAGCAUACACCUCAUCCAAGUCACCGCCGCAGACUCUGCAAUGGCCCGUCGCAGUCUCGGCAUCGCCACCGCAGCUGCAAGCCCAAUUUCAACCACCGCCACCAUUGCAGCCGCAGCCACCAGCUUCCGAUUCACUGGGCUCGCCCACGUUAACGACGGACGACUCCAGCGCGAUUGGAGAAAGACCCAGCAAAGGGACGCCAGAAUCUGAACCGCCAGAGAGCUUGAUCAGCCGCUUGUGUGACGCCCAAGGACGACUCAACAGCAAGGACGACGGUCAGCUGCGGUAUUUCGGGCCCACAUCCAGCCUCCAUUUGACCGAGAGUGUCACCACCAUCUUCAAAUAUUGCAGCGACGUCUCCAAAUUUGGAGCCGAAUUUGAAAAGGAUGUGCCCUGGGCAAUGCAGCAAUAUCUCCUAGAUCUCUAUUGGAAGUACCAACACAACAUCCUGCAUAUUAUCCACAAAGAGGCUUUCCUCGCUGGAAUGCAGGCCGGGUCGGGGCCAUACUUCAGCCGCUGUCUCCUGCUGUGUCUCCUGGCUUCUGCUGCCCGGAUCUCUGUGAGCCCCGAGAUCCGAGCCCUGUCUGUGCCGGCGGAUGACGACGAGACUGGUGAGAAGCCGAUUUUGACUAAGAGGGCUGAGGAGGCAUUGGAGGAGGAGCUCUUGAACCCGGGCCUGACCACCAUUCAAUCGUUGAUGCUGCUGAGUAUUCUGGACUGCUGUCAAUCGAAUGAUUCGCGAGGAUGGAUGCGUUCAGGAAAUGCAUGUCGACUAGCCUUUGAUCUUGGUCUUCAUGAGAACUGGUCUCGGAUACCCAACACCAAACUCUCUCCUCUCGACCUCGAAGUCAGACAGGUCAUACUCUGGGGGUGUGUGGGAUUUGACAGGCUCUGGGCGCUCUAUCUUGGCCGGCCACCGGUCAUCAAGUUGAGCGAUGUUUCCAUUGACCGACCUCAUAGAAAUGCCCCUACAUGGGAUAUGAAGAUGUUUGCCGCGUGGGCCGAACUGCUAGAGCUUUCAGGCCACAUGAGCGAGAAAUUAAACACCAAUACCUGCUUCCAAGAACAAAUCGACUUCUUCACCGAGGCGCUACAAAGAUGGGAUGCCAGCCUUGACCAUACCUUGACAUUCUUCCCCAAUGCCCCCCCGGGUAUUUAUCUGUUGCGGAUCCAAUACUCCGCUCUGAUGAUCCUGGUCAACCGACAUAACGCGGGCUACGGGAAUCCAGAGAAACGGACCUGUCCGGCCUCGAACCGGUCGCGCAGUAUCUGCCUGGAACAUGCCUUCACUAUCUCCAACCUAGUGAUAAGCUACGCAACUCACCACGGUGAAGCCAACACGAUGCUAGGCUCCACCCUGUACAACAUCACCAUGGCCUCGACCAUCUUCGUGGCCGAGAUCAACGAGCGGAAUCGACAGGAGGUGUCCGAAGAAACCGCUGCUCUCGGGGCAUGCCUGAAAGCCAUGAAGGAGAUGGAGAGUGCCGAGAUCGUGGCACGUAACCUCCGCAAGAUUCUCCAGACCAUCAUGCGUGUGUGCCGAGUCUGCGACAUCCCCGAUUACGGCGAGCAUCUGGAACAGUCGGCUGGAUGGCAACGGCCCAAGACAAGCACUGAACUCGGUGGGACAGUCAACACUUCGACCGCUCUACCAACGACCAAACGACGAGACGACAGCACAAGUGACAGUGAUAACGACUUUAACUGCCUCAAUUUUGACACGCUGGCGUUUGACGGGGUAUUCCAGCUGCCCUUUGACGACGCCCUGCUUGACCCGUCUUCAAUGGGUGUAUUUUUAACAUAG